CUGUUGUUUCACUACGUAAGUGUGGCUGAUGGAAUUGUGGAAACAGUUUCAGAACAACUACACCAUCUGAUUAAUCAAUUUCGAGUUAUUUGCCCUCACACAAUCUCAACAUGUCGACAAUCAAACUUGCUUUGAUUACCUUGCUUUUCAUCACUGUUACCAGCGCAGAGAAGAAUAAGAAUAAGGAAGUCACAUACGAUAGAAGGUCGCUCAUCAUCAAUGGAAAACGGGAGCUUCUCUUCUCCGGUUCCGUCCAUUACACUCGAAGUCCCCCUGAGAUGUGGCCACAGAUUAUUGACAAAGCUAGACGUGGAGGUAUAAACGUGAUUCAAACAUACAUCUUCUGGAACGUUCAUGAGCCUGUACAUGGCAAGUUCAAAGUGGAUCCGGAGUAUGAUUUCGUGAAGUUCAUGCAGCUCUGUCAUGACAAAGGAAUGUAUGUUACCCUCAGGGUUGGACCUUUCAUCCAAGCCGAAUGGAAUCACGGAGGACUUCCGUAUUGGCUAAGAGAGGUUCCUGAUAUCAUAUUCCGUUCAAACAAUGAAGCCUUUAAGAAAUACAUGAAAGAAUAUACAAAAACUGUUAUAAAGUUAUGUAAAGAAGCGAAGCUCUUCGCUCCCCAAGGAGGCCCCAUCAUCUUGGCACAGAUCGAGAAUGAGUACAACCAUAUCCAACGCGCUUUUAGAGAGGACGGAGAUAAGUACGUCCAAUGGGCUGCAAAUUUGGCAGUUGCACUGGAUGUUGGAGUUCCAUGGAUCAUGUGCAAACAAACGGAUGCUCCUGAUCCAGUGGUAAAUGCAUGCAAUGGAAGACACUGUGGUGAUACCUUUACAGGCCCUAACAAACCCGACAAGCCUGUCCUGUGGACUGAAAACUGGACUGCUCAGUAAGUAUAUUCAUUGCUGAUCAACAUUGUAAGUAAGUAUUUUUGUAAUGUUUCGUGAACAUCA